CCUCGCGCAGGACGACGAGAUUCCACCUUAAAAGCAGCCCGGGUGAAACUUUUGCCUCGAACUCGCCCGCUCCACCUUAAGCGCACAAGCAGGCGCGUGCAAGGAGAACAGCGAGGUUUCCGCUUCUCACUAGUGUUCGGACCGGACCGCCGCUCACGAAAACAACGUGAGUGGAACGCACACGGCUGACGCACCGAGCCUCGCGAGCACAAAGGGAAAAUGUCGGAGUUAAAGUUCCGCGAGUGGAUCCUGGACACUAUCGACUCGCUGCGGUCGCGGAAAGCCCGGCCGGACUUGGAGAGAAUUUGCCGAAUGGUCCGGAGACGCCACGGGUUCGAAUACGACAAAACCUCCGCAGAACUGGAGAAACUCAUCCAGGAACAGACGGUGCUUAAAGUUAACUACAAGGGCUCCAUUUCGUACCGGAACGCCGCCAAGGUUCAGCGGAGGAGCAGGAAAAAGGACGAUGCAACGUUUGCGACGGCGGCGAGGAGGAGCGCGAUGGAAGACGCCAGUCAUUCUGACCUGAGCAACGGCGACAGCGCGCUCGGUCCGCCGGACCCAGACGAGGAGGACCUGGAGGCUGACAAUUCCGUGGCGAUGGACACAGAUAGUAACGCAGACGAAGAGGGAGGGGAUGAGAGUCAGGAUGGACCCUCUCCUGUGCGCACCACCGCAGAUCCCCUGACGCAAAGCGUCUCAGCGAGAGCUGCGUCCGCCCCGAAUUCUCCCUCCGCCACGCCGCUUGGCCCCGACCCCGCCUGCGUCCCUGGCUUGGCACUGGACUGCGUCUCUCUCCAAAGGGCUGGUGCGCGGCCCAGCUCCUUGCCCCCUUCCAGCCCCCGGGCCCUCACACACAAUGACUGGGCUUAUGGUUCUGCCGCCUGCCCAGUGGAGCGACAGCACCCAGGAAUGCAGCGAGACAAAGUCGCCGUGAAAGCAGCGCUCAGCUCCGUGACCAUCACCUCCAGCACCUUAAAAGACGGCGUGAAGAAAGAAGAUGGGGCCAAAGCGGAAGAUGGAGGCCCGCUCUCUGACCAGCUCGUACCAGACUACGCUGCACGACUGGAGAGGACCACUGACGCCGCGUCGGACGGACGACCACCUGCUCAGCCGCUCGCAUCCGACAACGGGACAUUGCAGAAGACGGUGCCGUCCCUCACACCGGCUGCAGAAACUCUCAUGAACGGUGACAAGAACAAAGACGUCUGUGUGAAGCAGGAGAAGAUGAGUCAGAACUUGUUGCAGUGGAGUGUAGCAGAUGUGGCCAGUUACUUCUCCGCUGCAGGCUUUCCGGAGCAGGCUGUGGCCUUCAGGACACAGGAGAUCGACGGAAAGUCCCUCCUCCUAAUGCAGCGCAGCGACGUGCUCACCGGACUGUCCAUCCGACUGGGCCCCGCGCUCAAAAUCUACGAGCGGCACGUGAAAGUUCUCCAGAGGACCCACUUCCUGGAGUGUGAGGACGCCUGAGGAGACGGGCCACGUGUCAGACAACCAGACCAGGGUCAACACAUCUCCCACCCUCACAUUGGCAGGAGGCGCGUGGCGGAGCAAAGGAGACGGCGGUUUACCUCGACUGUGAGACGGACCAAUAACUGACGGAAACUCAUCCUACCUCUCAUGAUAGUUUUUGCUUUACGAGUACGGUCCAGUUUGACUGGUGUGCAAUCGUCGUGGAAACGGGCUGCUACACUAGAAGCGUUUUUAAGUGACCAAUGACUCCAGUUUGAGAGAGGAUCUGUUGAGUCUUUGUCCUCGUGUUCCAUGAUCCCUUUUUAGACGGGGGUUAGUUCCUGGUGGUCCAGUGCUGUUGUUCGCACACAGAGCCCAGCUAUUUUGGUGUGCGUUUCUCAUCAGAUGAGUGUCAAGAAGUGCUGGAAGCAUCCGUAAAUCGAGACCAAAAGUGGCUACAGUUGUUCAUUUUUUUUCCAUGUAGCACUGUGUGGCGGUUCACACAAAAGAGCGCCACCUGCUGGCAAAACAACAUUUUGUUUUAGAUGUACAAAUGACAAGAACAAUAAAAUAUUAACCCAGUUACUGUUAAAUAGCGUAUGUUUCGACGAUUCCAGUUCAUAUAUAUAUAUAUAUAGAUAUAUAAAAGUUCAGAUGCAAUAUUUAUGUUACAUCUCCAAAUUCCUCUUGGUGCUGUGAUUCAUCCAGCCACUUUAAUUGUAACAUUCCAUAUGACGUAGUGAUCAUUUCCAUCUGUAACCAGAGGCUUCU